UGUUCAAAAUCCAAGAUGGCGUCUCAAAUGGCUCAGGCAGAAUCAGGCGACGACUCUCUUUAUCCAAUAGCCGUGUUGAUUGACGAGCUAAGGAACGAAGAUGUACAGUUGCGCUUAAACAGCAUAAAAAAACUAUCAACAAUUGCCCUAGCCCUUGGUGUUGAAAGGACCAGGACUGAGCUCAUCCCUUUCCUUACAGAUACAAUCUAUGAUGAGGAUGAAGUUCUGUUGGCUUUGGCCGAGCAACUCGGAAAUUUUACUCCUCUUGUUGGAGGACCUGAGUUUGUCAACUGUCUUCUGCCUCCACUGGAGAGUCUGGCCACUGUAGAAGAGACUGUUGUCCGUGACAAGGCCGUGGAUUCUCUACGUACCAUUGCUGCUCAACAUUCGCAGGCUGAUCUGGAAAGUCACUUUGUCCCGCUUGUAAAGCGAUUGUCUGGAGGUGACUGGUUCACCUCUCGAACAUCUGCCUGUGGACUGUUCGCAGUGUGUUAUCCCAGAGUGUCAAACACCAUCAAAGAUGAGCUCAGACAGCAAUUUAAAAAUUUGGCGGGAGAUGACACACCAAUGGUUCGUCGUGCUGGAGCAGGGAAGCUAGGAGAAUUUGCCAAAGCUGUUGAGACAGAGAAACUGAAAUCAGACCUUAUACCUCUGUUUACAACAUUGUCUCAGGAUGAACAGGACUCGGUGAGACUGUUGGCAGUAGAAGCUUGUGUCAGCAUUGCCUCCUUGUUACCCUCUGAAGACACAGAUCAGUUUGUGAUGCCUACUCUACGACAGGCAGCUGAGGAUAAAUCCUGGCGAGUACGCUACAUGGUAGCGGACAAAUUCAUUGAACUUCAAAAGGCGGUAGGACCAGAAAUUACAAAGAACGACCUUGUGCAGGCUUUCCAGGGACUACUGAAGGAUUGUGAGGCUGAAGUCAGAGCAGCCGCUGCUCACAAGGUCAAAGAUUUCUGUCAGAACCUGUCACCAGAUGUACGAGAGAGCGUAAUUAUGACCAGCAUCCUACCCUGUGUGAAGGACCUCGUUUCUGACGCCAAUCAGCAUGUCAAGUCUGCCCUGGCCUCUGUCAUCAUGGGCCUCUCCCCUAUUCUUGGAAAGGACAACACUAUAGAACAUCUGUUGCCCUUGUUCCUUACACAACUGAAAGACGAAUGCCCAGAAGUGCGACUCAACAUUAUCUCCAAUCUGGACUGUGUAAAUGAGGUGAUUGGAAUCAAGCAAUUGUCGCAGAGCCUUCUUCCAGCCAUUGUUGAGUUGGCAGAGGACACAAAAUGGAGAGUGAGGUUGGCUAUUAUAGAGUACAUGCCACUUCUAGCUGGACAAUUGGGUGUUGAAUUCUUUGAUGAGAAAUUGAAUUCGCUAUGUAUGACCUGGCUCGUUGACCAUGUGUUUGCUAUCCGAGAAGCAGCAACAUUGAACCUUAAGAAGCUGGUGGAAAAGUUUGGAUCUGAUUGGGCCACUCAGACUGUUAUACCUAAAGUGAACUCGAUGGCACGUGAUCAAAACUACCUACAUAGACUGACAUGUUUAUUCUGUAUCAAUUUACUAUCAGAGGCCCUUGGGUCAGAAAUCACAAACCAGAAUCUUUUGCCAACGAUCACCAGUCUUGCAGCUGACUCUGUUGCCAAUGUUAGAUUCAAUGUGGCUAAAAGUCUUCAAAAACUAGGACCUCAUUUUGACCAAACGACACUACAGGGACAAGUAAAAUCUACACUGGAGAAACUGAAGACAGACUCUGACACGGACGUGCAGUAUUAUGCUAUGGAGGCUUGGGAUGGUUUGAAGCUGAGCUAGGAAACAAGUCUAGAUAGUAGGUAAUUUUUUUCAACAAGUUUUGUGCUGUUUCUUCGAUGUUUUAUAUUGUGAAUCUUGCGGACAUCAUGUUGUAGCCAUUGAUUGUCAUCAGUUUCAUCUGCACGGCGGACAGACAGACAGAUACUGCACAAAAAACUUGAGUGAACAAGAACAGACGUAUAUUUCACAUUAUAACUUAUAAGGAGUUGUUACUGCACUGGUCUGUAUGCCUAGUAGUUCCAGUCGGUGUAAGAAUGUCACAGGUUUUUACGAAAAUAUGACGAGUAUAAAGACUUGGACCAAGGAAAACUGAAAUCCCAGGAAACAUUACGACCUCUGCAGUAUCAAGGACCAUAGUUCUGAGCGGACAUUUUGAUGAGGUUCGGAAUCAAUGUGACCAGAUUUACAUUAGAAGAUGCUUUACUUAUCUGCUAACAGAGAUGGAUUAUUGUCAACACUAAAUAUCCCUUCCUUGUAUUAGAUGGUUUGAAGAGUGUACUAUUACAAAUAAUAUGGAUAUUUAACAUUUAGAGCAGGUUGAAAAAUAAAAUUGAGAGUCUACUGUAUGUUAUGAAAAUACUAAUGUUUUUACUUCAAUUCUACUCUACUAUGGCUGAAAAAUAUUUCUGAGAGAAAGCUUAAUGGAAACCUAGAGUUAUUUGAAUUUAGUUGAAUUUCUCUAUAAAUCUAUCUUUAUAUUGUUUGGAAUUCUGUAAUAAUUUUCUAAAUUUCUGUUGAUAGGUAGAUGCUUGUUCUUUUGAGAGGGUUAUGACACAGCACAUUUUAACAUGGCUUUUAAGUACAUUUUACCAUGAUGUAAACAAUUUUUUGCACAACAGUUGAUAGCUAGCUAGUUUUAAUGUUGUCAUUGUUUAUGAAGAGGAAUGAUUCCUGACAAUUGUAGAAAUCUCCUGUGUUUACCUGUCUCCACUACAUACUGACAGAGAGAAUUAGUAUCCGCAUGUCUUUAGUGAUAUCAGGAGAUAUAGAUAUCUGCACAUUUGUCAAUUAUUAUUCUUGCACACUUUUCUUAACUGAGAGAAUCUUUCAGAAUAUUUUUUGUAUGAUUUGUGAAACAACAAAAUAAUUGAAGACGUAAGUAAACAAUAUCCUUGUGGAUUGAUGUAAGUAAAUUAUUGGUGUAAAUUAUAAGUUAGUAGAGAUUUUCAAUUUUGAAAAAUUGUUGGAAUUGAAGUAAUGAAAGUUAGAACAGUAUGCAUAUUAAUUUUUGAUUAUUAUAAAUUAGAUCCAUGGCUUCAGACAAACAUAACUACAUGUAUUUUAUAUGUCUCAACUAAAAGUGCUAUGUAAGAUGAAAUCGAGGUUGAGCAAAAGUGAAAACCGCAAAAAAAAAUUGUGUGGUAGUGUCGAAUCGCAUGAAUUUGGUUAGCAGUUGUGAUUGUUAUGUAUAUACCAGGACCCUAAUGGGUUAUUACCAUAUAAGGAUGUGACCAGUAUUGAUCUUUCCUGAAAGUUAUGGUCAUGAAUAGGUCAUUUCUCUUACCCUGGACAGGGAAAUUCUGGCGUUUUACUGGUGUGGAGUUGGGAUUACCUUGUCUCACCUGAGACUGGAGAUGGAAUUCCCCUGUCAGAAUAGUGAUGUCAUGUCAGCAAUUCAAUCACAUCAACAAUUGAGGGGGAAAAAUGAGUACCUUUUAAAGUCAACAGGAUAAGAGAAAAAAAUCCUUCACUCCCUUGUUGGUGAGAUAGGAUGAUCUCAACCCUUGGGAAAAGAUGUUUAAGUUCCUUACACUGGGUAAGCCACCUGCUUGGUAAACUUAAUCAUCUUUCCCCUUGGGUUGAGCUCCAGCUUUCUUACUUCCAAGGGGAUGAGAGAUUCCAUUCAUCCAUAUGACUUUUGGAAUGUCUUAGAUUGGUGGUGUCCAAAUAAUGGGAAGCUACCAAGUCCUUUUGCAGAAUAUAAUGAUUAAAUGUCCAUGUUAUAUUUGGUGGAAAAGAAAUGUGUUCAGUCCUUCAUUAUAUAAUGUAUUGUAUCUAUGGUUAAACAUUUCUAUUUUGGUGGGUAAAUAAUGGUAUCAGAUUACAUGGGAUGGGCUGAUAAGGAAACAGUGAUACAUAAUGAGAUUAAUUUCUGGGCGAGUAAUAUGCUGCUUGAUAAUACUAAUUAAAACUAAAAGGAUUUUGCUUUACACAAAACAAGCAAUAUGGACAUUAUAUUUAAAUAAAAUUAAGUAUGUAA